UUCAUAAUAUACUUAUUACAGUAUUUAGGAACUUGUAUAGGUAUAUAUAAGUUUGAUGGAGAAUUACAGAGUUCUACAAAGACUGGGGAAAGGAGCUCAAGGUUCAGUAUACCUUGUGGAAAGCAAAAUGGAUAAAGGCUCAUAUGUGCUCAAAAAGGUAGAAUGCAAUGAUGAAGGGGAAGCGAAUAAAGCUUUCAAAGAAGCCAUGGCACUACAGGAGCUGAAACAUCCAUUUAUUUGUGGAUACAAAGAAUUCUUUGUGACAUGGGAUAAAGAAGAAUCUGCUAUGUUCGUCUGCAUAGUGAUGAAUUUUUAUGAAAUGGGAGAUUUGGCAAAAGUCAUCAAAACAAAACGACAGAAGCAAGAACCGAUUGAAGAAAUGAUUAUCAAAAAAUGGACAGGACAGAUGAUUGAAGGUUUGGUCUUUGUUCACAAUAAACAAGUCAUUCAUCGAGAUCUGAAGCCGAGCAACAUAUUCAUGACCAAGCAAUUAAAUAUUACUAUCGGAGAUUUUGGAGUGGCAACCGUGAUGGGUGACGCACGAACUCGCACAAGAACAACUGUUGGAUCAAUGAAUUGGAUGGCUCCUGAGGUUAUGGAUAGGCCAUAUGAUGAGAGGAGUGACGUUUGGUCUCUCGGAUGCAUUAUUUUAGAAAUGGCCACUUGUUCUACCAUGGACACAGUGCAGAUUUCAAGUUCUUUGUUUGAGAUAAAACAAAACCCACAAUGUCUGGAAGAUGCUCUUGUCGAUGUUGGGAAAGCAGGAUAUUCUGCUAAUCUUUGUCAACUUAUUCGUACUAUGCUGAGAAGGAAUUUUCAACAAAGACCUACCAUGACUGAAUUGGUGGUAUAUCCUUAUGUUCAAGAAUGUUUGUCGCUGAAUCCUGAAACAACACUUGUGAAAAAGAAGACUUCUUCCUCAGCUGUAACCGAUCCUCUUCCAAAAAAUCAGGGAAUACCGGCUGUCAUAGCAUAUAUGUCAAAAAAUUCAGAUAACGAAGAAGCCCAAAAGCAAUCAUUGGAAUAUCUUGAUGAAUUAUCACAGUUGCCUGGCAACUCUUUUACUGAUAACGUAAAGAAACAAGUUGUUAAAGCUAUGUCAGACCAUAUAGCUGAGAUAAAUAUCCAGAUACACGGGUGCAAUAUUCUUUCCAAUAUUCUUGGAUCUGUUGGCGAUGGAGAUAUUUUGUAUUCAAAACAAAUAAUGCAGCCAAUACUUUUAGCUAUGCGAUCGCAUCCAUCCAGUUCAGAUCUCCAAACUGUGGCAUGUUCGGUCAUUAUGGCUCUUUCAGCAGACGAAUGUGCUGCUGAUGUCAUUGGGGAGAUUGGUGGCAUUCAAGAUAUUCUAGCUGCUAUGCGACAGUUUCCUGAUAAUGCAACUAUUUGUGCAAAUUGUUGUGGUGCACUCUGGAGCUUGGCAGUCAAUGAAACCAAUACUAGCAUCGUGACCAAAGAGCAAGGCCUUGGCGAUGUAUGUAAAGCUAUGGAGCAGCACAGCAAAGUUCCUGAAGUUGUUGAAACAGCUUGUUCUGCAAUCUGGUCACUAUCUCUCGAAGAUGAUAAUAUUGAAAUGCUGUCUGAUAUUGCUAUUUCAUUAAUUGUGGAAGCACUUCAAACACACAUGAAAGAUGCCAGAGUAAUUAAAAAUGCAUUUAUGGCUCUUGCAAGUAUAAUCACAUGUGAUGAAGUAUGUGCAUUUAGAGUGAUUGUUCCGGGUUCAGAUAUGCUUGGCUUACGAACCAUGCUAGAUGCAUUCAAGAAACACGAAGAUAAUGCCGACAUUGCUGAGAAUUUCUGUACAGUGAUCGCUGAAUUAUCAGAAUAUGAUGAUGUCGCAAAAGAAAUUAAAUCUCCGGCUUUCAAACUGCCAGAAGUUUUUGCCAAGAUACGAGACAAUUACAAGUCAAAUGAUGAGAUAGUUUCAGCCAUCUCUACAAUACAAAAAAAGCUUGGAUUCAAGGCAAAUCAGCCUAGUAAGCCAGCUCAAAAGUCAAAGCAGAAAAAAUAAGACAACUGUUCCAUAAGGCCAUUUGGUGAUUUUUCUAAUUGAAGAAAGUCAUGUAUUCUGUGCUCUUUAAAUGCCCAGAAUAGAAGCAAUGAGAAGCUGUAUCUGGAAAUAUUUGUUGGACUUGUACUGUGCAUGUGCAGAACUAGAAUUCAUAUAAAUUUUCUCUAUAAUUUGCCCUCCUUGUUGAGUUACUUUUAAUGGAAAACUAUUUUUGUUACCAAUUAAUUUUGGUUGAUUCUUACUUCUAUUUGAGCCUUUGUUUCAUGACGAAUGGUACCUAACUUGAGUGGUACUUAUAUGGUCGUUACUGUAUUGUAUAGUCUUGCUAUCAUAGAAUUAUCAUGUGUUUAUUGAUAGUAAUGACUUAUCAAAAUCACUGUUGAUUUUGAUAAUCAAAUAUUACACUUCUUUACGUUUACUUUGCCCAAUGCCAGACGAUGAUAGGGUAAUGUGUAUUGAUAUAUUGGUUUGCGCAACGCAAGGCCAACAUCCUUACCGUUGUCUGUAAGUGGUAGAACCAUUCUGGUGUAAUCAGCAUCUGCUAGAUUUGAGAUUAUUAUAUAUUAUUGAUUUUAUCCGUCUAUAUUCAAAACAUUUAUGUUACAUCUCAAAAUUGAAUGAAUGCUGAAAAGUUUGAUCAUUUUGAAAUAUGAAGAUUGUAUUUGACCGAAAGAAAUGCUUACAGUUAGCUACCAAUAACACAUAAUUAAACAUUAAUUUUAAAUCUCAUUUAAUCAUAUUCUGUGCGUGAUCUAAUGAGAUACAGAGAUGUGCUAUGCAGUUUAUAUUUUGCGUAGUGUUUUUUAUAUUUGCCGUAAGAAGCUGUCUUCAUUUAUGCCUCACUAUGUUAGUCUCCACUGUUUGUUAUUACACAUUAGUAUUCUUGCACUUGAUAUUUCAUAUAUACCGUUAAUUUUACCAAGGUUUACUCAUUGGUCAUAUAAUUUUGUGCACUGAUAUGUACUAUGCGCAAUAAAAUAUAUUGAAUUAUUUGUUUUGUAA